AUGGACAAAAAAAAAUUAACACCAAGUGCUAGUGGUUCAUCUUCGUUGCUGUCAUCGUCAGCCACAUCAAUUAAGCCGAAAAGCUCCUUAUUAGUACCAUCGUCGACAAGUGGUAGUGCUACUGUUGCUGCUACUGUCGGCAAGAGUGGAACAACAUUACAAAUCGAUCGUGAAAAUUGUGAUCGAGCUAUGAUCUCGAUUAGUUUUAAUGGCGUUGAUCCAUUAUUUAUGUAUACGCAAUUAUUGAAAGAAACGCUUUUGGAUAUUGAAGACGAUGAUGCAAAAUCAAUUAAAGAACUUGCUGAAUACUGCCGUCUUCAAGAUGAUAUUUAUGAAGGCGAAAUUAGGAUGGUUGAAAAAAAAUAUCGUGACCAUACACCAAUAUGGUGGUAUACAGCACCCCACUUUAUUUAUUCAAUGCUCAAUCGUGGCCUUCGUCUAAUGGACGUCGACAUUAUAAUCAAAAUGGGUUUUUUUAUUCGUCAUUUACAUCAACAUAUCCAAAAAUUAUAUAAUGAACAACAACAAUCCAGCACGAAAGCUACGGCGCCAUUUACAAUAUUCCGUGGGCAAGGUUUGUCAGUUGAAAAUUUCGAUAAAGUGAAACAAACCAAAGGAGGACUUAUGUCCUUCAAUAAUUUCUUGUCCACAAGUGAAAAUCGUCAAGUGUCCGUUAAAUUUGCUCGAGAAGGAGCAUCGAAAAAUUCCGAUAUGGUCGGUAUCCUCUUCAUUAUGACUAUUGAUCCUGAUGUAUGUACAAAAUCAAAAAUUCCAUUUGCUGAUGUUAGUCAAGUUGGCUUUUUCGAAGGCCAAGAAGCUGAAAUUCUUUUUACAACACAUACAAUAUUUCGAAUCGAUAAAAUUCAACAAAUUCAUGACGAUCAUACUGAUCGUCUAUGGAAAGUUCAUCUUACCCUUGUGGGUAAUGACAACCACGAGCUAAAUACACUUAUAGCACACGUACGCGAAGAUAUCAACUUGAAAGCACCAAUACGAGGAUGGUCUCAACUAGCUUUUAUACUCAUUAAAGUGGGUGAGCCUGCAAAAGCUGAAAAACUCUGCAAAAUACUUCUUCAAAACGCAUCUACUGAUAAAGAGAGAUCAGAUUACAAUCAAAAACUUGGUUGGGCAUAUAAUUAUAUGGGCGAGUACUCGAAAGCGCUUUCAUCGCACGAACGAGCACUUGAAAUCCGAAAAAUAGCUCUCCCUCCAAAUCAUCCCGACUUGGCUUCGUCCUACAACGGCAUCGGUUUGGUGUAUUAUGACAUGGGCGAGUACUCGAAAGCACUUUCAUCGUAUGAACGAUCACUUGAAAUCCGAAAAAUAGCUCUCCCUCCGAAUCAUCCCGACUUGGCUACUUCCUACAACAACAUCGGUAUAGUGUAUUAUAACAUGGGCGAGUACUCGAAAGCACUUUCAUCGUAUGAACGAUCACUUGAAAUCUGGAAAAUAGCUCUUCCUCCGAAUCAUCCCGACUUGGCUACUUCCUACCUCAACAUCGGUUCGGUGUAUAAAGACAUGGGCGAGUACUCGAAAGCACUUUCAUCGUACGAACGAGCACUUGAUAUCGACAAGAAAGUUCUCCCUCCAAAUCAUCCCGAUUUGGCUUCUGACUACAACAACGUCGGUAUAGUGUAUAAAAACAUGGGCGAGUACUCGAAAGCACUUUCAUCGUACGAACGAUCACUUGAAAUAAAAAAAAUAGCCCUCCCUCCGAAUCAUCCCGACUUGGCUUACUCUUACAACGGUAUCGGUUUGGUGUAUGAUAAGAUGGGCGAGUAUUCGAAAGCACUUUCAUAUUACGAAAAGACGCAAGACAUCUGGAAAAAAUCACUACCUUCAAAUCAUCCACAUAUUGCACUUGUGAAAAGAAACAUUGAAGAUGUAAAAAAGAAAAUGUAA